AAUGUCAUUAUUAAAGGUUUUAAAUGUUCAUAAAUCUCUCAUUUAACAUGUUUAUUUAGUAGAUAUUCCUUCAGUCUUUCAUGCAUAUUACACAGUUUCACAUAUAAAACUGUUUUAAUGUUUGUUUUGUUUCUGUUCUACUUUCAGAUGCUGUGAAUCCAACAUGAACUGAAGCCGUUCUGACAGAUAAAAGUCAAAAAUAAAGAUGUCUCCUCUGAAGCCGAUCUGCUGAGCGGACUCCACUGAUGGAGGAUUUACGAGCUCAGCGGUCAAAGGAUGAAGUCAGUCUCUGCUGCAGCCUUCCUCCUCCUCCUCUUCCUCUUCUUCUUCUUCUUCAUAUUGUGAGUCUUAAACUGAAAAGAAGUCAACAUGUCUGAAGGAAAGAAGAUGACAUCGAGCCGCAGGCAUCAUCUCAAGAGCCUGAUGCUGCAGAUCGCUGCCAGCUGGAUCGAGCAGGAAACCGCCGACCUGGCCGCCGCGAAGGAAACCUACCUGGCCGAGCUUUGCCCCACCCCCGACCUGAGCGGAGACCACGCAGCUCUCGUGGAAAUCUGCAAAAAGAUUUCCCAUGCUCUGGACAAGAUCGAUGAGGACAGAUACGACGCUGAGGCCAAAGUGGGAAAGACAGACAAAGAGAUUGAGGAUCUGAAGAUGAAGGUAGUAGAGUUUGCCGGAGUGAAGAAGCCGGCUCUGAAGAAGGUGCGCAUGUCUGCUGACACCAUGCUGCAGGCUCUGCUGGGAUCCAAACACAAGGUCACCAUGGAUCUGAGGUCCAACCUGAAGCAGGUCAAGAAGGAGGUCAAAGAGGAGGCGGCCGACGCAGGCGACUGGCGUAAGAACAUCGAGGACAAAGCCGACAGGAAGAAGAUGUUCGAGACUUCCUAAAGACUUUCAAAUAAUUAAACUCUCGGGUUUCACAGCUUCCUCUCCUCCUCUUCUUCUUCUUCACUGUCACAUCUCACCUUUUUUCAUGCAACUGGAAAAAACGUGUUAAACUCAUUAAAUUUAUUUUUUGGAAUAAU